CGCGGCGAGCUAAACUGGAAGCGCUGAACCUGCGAGGUGUGUGCUGGCGGGUUGAGCGGAGAGAGUCUUGGCGGCCAUGGCUCCCAAUGUCCCCGCGUCCGAAGCGGCCCCAGAGUGUCCUAAAGGCAUCCGGGCCGUGCUGCUGGGGCCGCCCGGGGCCGGCAAGGGUACCCAGGCACCCAAAUUGGCCGAAAACUUCUGUGUCUGCCAUUUGGCUACUGGGGACAUGCUGAGGGCCAUGGUGGCGUCUGGCUCAGAACUGGGAAAAAAGCUGAAGGCCACUAUGGAUGCUGGAAAACUGGUGAGCGAUGAAAUGGUAGUGGAGCUCAUUGAGAAGAAUUUGGAGACCCCUCGAUGCAAGAAUGGUUUUCUUCUAGAUGGCUUCCCUAGGACCGUGAGGCAGGCAGAAAUGCUCGAUGACCUCAUGGAGAAGAGGAAAGAGAAGCUUGACUCUGUGAUUGAAUUCAGCAUCCCGGACUCUCUGCUGAUCCGAAGAAUCACAGGAAGGCUGAUUCACCCUCUGAGUGGCCGUUCCUACCAUGAGGAGUUCAACCCCCCAAAGGAACACAUGAAAGAUGACAUCACUGGGGAACCCUUGGUCCGCCGAUCAGAUGAUAAUGAGAAGGCCUUGAAAAUCCGCCUGGAGGCCUACCACACUCAGACCACCCCGCUGGUGGAGUACUACAGGAAACGAGGGAUCCAUUCUGUCAUCGACGCCACCCAGACCCCUGACGUUGUGUAUGCCAGCAUCCUAGCGGCCUUCUCCAAAGCCACAUGUAAAGACUUGGUUAUGUUUAUCUAACGUUGGGUCCAAAAAGGAAUUUCUUUGUUCCUAUCCCUGUUGAGGGACUGGGUGGGAAUUGCAGAGCAGGCAGAGGGAAGCUUCCUCAGGCCAGCAAGAAUACCAUUUGUUGUACCAAUUAAAAAAGCACUUGCUUGAUGUAUCUUUAGCGUGUGGGCAACUCUCAUCUCAUCUGUGUGUGUGUGUGUGUGUGUGUGUGUGUCAUUGGUCUAAGUACAUGUAUACUCUUCCUUCUUUCUAAGGUACAGGCAAGGUUGCUUUACCAGCUGUUUACUUCUUU